GUCAAAGCGUAGUCGGGUUUUGGAAGUGCGGCGGUGUGCUGCAAGUGCAGCGUGUGUAGGACAUAAAACGGAUUGAAAAUAUGAUCGUAAUCACGAGUUUAAUGUGUGUAGGGGAAAGUCUGAUUGAAGGAAAUGGCGUUAAUGCGUUUGAAAAGAGCGAAUAGAUUGUUGAUGUGGCAACAUUACUCUUUCUAUCGAGUGCCGGACAUACUUGGACGUGGCUUGUAACUUGUGUGUGGUGUGGACAUGUACUACUUGAAAUUAUAAUUUCUAAACGCAGUUCCCGUUAAAGAUGUCGAGUGUGUCGAAUCUCAAAGUCGCAUCCAAUAUUCAGCAGAGACGAGUGUUGAUAUUGAAACAUUUAAGUCUUAUUACGCUCACAUUACAGAAUGCAAUUCUCGGUCUCAGUAUGCGGUAUGCGAGGACUAGAGUGGGUGACAUGUUUUUUUCGUCAACUGCAGUAUUUAUGUCUGAAGUUGUGAAGCUAUUUACAUGUAUUUUGUUGGUAUGGCAAGAAGAAGGUUCCUUGCAGAGAUGUGUAACAGCUGUACACAACACUAUUAUCAAGCAGCCCAUGGACACUUUGAAAGUAUGUGUACCGUCUUUGGUAUACAUCAUUCAGAACAAUAUGCUUUAUGUAUCUGCGUCUCAUCUCGAUGCAGCAACUUAUCAAGUAACAUAUCAGUUGAAGAUUCUCACAACUGCCAUGUUCACUGUUUUGAUUUUACGAAGAAGCCUCCGACCUUUACAGUGGGUGGCUCUUGUAGUAUUGUUGAUAGGAGUGGUUUUGGUGCAAUUAGCACACACUGAUCCUCCAACUCCUCCACCUGCAGGUGCUCCAAAACAGAAUCGUUUUAUUGGUUUUUCUGCCGCCUUGUUUGCAUGUGUUCUUUCUGGCUUUGCAGGAAUAUAUUUUGAAAAAAUUCUCAAGGGAUCAGACAUUUCUGUAUGGAUGCGUAAUGUGCAGCUUAGUUUUUUGUCUUUGCCAUUUGGUCUCUUAACAUGCCUCUUCAAUGACUGGACGAAAAUCAAACAUGUUGGUUUCUUUUUUGGGUAUGAUUACUUUGUUUGGUACUUAGUUGUUCUCCAGGCUGGGGGUGGUCUCUUGGUUGCAAUGGUGGUUAAAUAUGCUGACAACAUUCUUAAGGGUUUUGCUACGUCAUUGGCCAUUGUUAUAUCAUGUAUCGCAUCCAUUUAUCUCUUCAAUUUCCAACUUGAGUUUCAGUUUGUAGUAGGGGCACUACUUGUUAUGUGUUCAAUAUUUAUGUACAGUUAUCAGCCUAAAGCUCCCCAACCACAGAGUGGCAUUACUAUAAAGGUAUAAAAGACACUGCAAAUGAAUGUGUAUAUUGGUGGUGUUUCUAUGCCAACGUCUUAGGAUGGCAGUGUACGGUUUUCUGCUACCUUGGCAUUUUAGCAAAUGUCUUAGAUAAUGUAUGUUUCAGUUUUGCUAUACCUUUGAAGAAAAAGUACUUUCAUACUAUGGAAGACUACAGAAAGGGAAAUCAUUUGCUUAACAAUCAAAAUGAUAAAUCAAAAGCAUGCUAUUCUGAGAGAAUAACAUACAUAAUACACAUGUAAAUAUGGAUUUGCAGACAUAGGUAGACAAGGAAAGAACUAGUAACUGAAGCCAGAAGCACAGUUGCCACUCAGAAUGAAUCAGUCUAGGUAACUGCUAUUUCACUUCUCGAAUGACUGAAGUAUCAUUCCCUCAAAUUAAACUGUUUUAUGAAAACUUUUGUUUAUGAGGGCAAUCCCAUAAUUAAAACUGCUCAUGUUAAUUAGCCUUUGAAUUUAUUCCUAACUGUGUAUCCUAUUUGGCACAAAACUAAAUUAAGAUUUUUAGCAGUAUUACUGGUUUGUCCAGAUCUUUUCUUCACAAUUUUCUACUUUUAUUGCCUGUUAUUUACUACUGAAUAUGCAAUAUUAUCAUUAUAUGUUAUAUUAUGAUUAUUUCACAAAACUUAAAUCCAUGUAAGAUGUUAGAUUCUUUGUGGUUGUCUCAAAUAUACUUUUUUUAUGUGACAUAAGUCUGAUGACAUGUAUAUCUUACUGCAAAUAUUUAAAAGUAUAACUUAAUGUUAAUAGAUCAUUGUCAGUGACUGGAGGCACAUUUUGUGUUUAUGGUCGUUGCUUAAAACAUAUUCCAAAUUAACUAAAUUGCUUAGGGGAUUAUCAUUUGUGACACGAUAUUUUAAAUGGAAACAUAUUUAAUAACUAAGAUUUUUGGAGAAUUGGAAUGUCAGUAUCAGAAUUGUGAUACAUGAGAUUAUUUUUAUGCCUAGAGAGGUAUGUGCUGUGUCAGCAUCAUGCUCAAGUUGUUUCUUCCAUAAUAUUUUCAUUUGACUGAAAGAGAAUGUAUUUACAUGUAAAUAUCAUAGACUAUUUUGAUCCAGAGAUGUUUCUAUUACUGACUGAAAGAUUUUGUACAAAUUGCCAGUAUUGCUCAUUCGUCUGAUAAAAUUCUAUAAUUACAUGCACACACACUAUUUUUUGGAUCGAUAAAACAUGCAACAAUGUUUUUCAGAUAGUUUAAUACAUUGGGUAGUACAGUAAAAAAUAAAUGUUGGAGAACUCUGUAGAAACAUUCAUGAUCCUAUAAUGUGGUACAGUGCUGAAUGGUGUUAUUUUUAAACAUGAAGUGCUGCACAGAUAUCAUCAUUGGAAUUGUGUAAAUUGGGUUAAGAUGCAGAAAGUGUUAAGAAUCAGUUCCACUGACUGUAGUCAGAAAAUUAUGGUGGUGUUUCCUGGAAUCAGUUUUUAUAUAGUUUUAUAAUUGGCAGUGAACCACAGAAAUUCCGUUGCUCAAUAGCACUUUUCUAACAUACAGAAAAUGUCUGUCUGAUAGGAAGCAUCUUAAGCCUCUACCUUGUUGCUUGGUUAACUACAUAAGAUUUAGUUUGCUUAUAAUUCUGGCAUUGUACAAAUGUACACAGGUACAAUGCCAGGUACACUGCUGGAGUAGUGCACAAAGAUUUUGUGUUUACUGCAGCCAAAUUUGCUAAUUGUCUUACAUUUGUAGGAUGUGUUAUUACUUUUCUCACAGUCAUCGGCUCCUGGAGUAAUCGGGUUCAAUGGUGGGUCACUUGUGAUCAUCUCUAACUUUGAGUCUUUGAUCAUCUAACAUUCCAUUCAAAGCAACAGGUACAAUUGUUACAGAUAGUUAAUCAGUCUUUAAAUUCCAUUUUCUUCUCUGGAACUUGUGUAGGCAUUAUGCAGGAUAAUGCAUAUAGUCUCCCACCUUGCCCAUUUUGUACACUGUGAUCUAAAGAUGUUAUGCUUAAGCAGAAAUGGAGAGUUAAAAGGAUAUGUUUCAGAAAGAAAUUGUUUAUGUGCAAAUAAUCUGUCACUUGCUACAGAGACUACCAAGAUCAUUUGCAGAAGAUGUAUCAGCUUGUUACAGCAAGUAUAUUAAGUGAGGCCUCAAAGGCUAGCUUACAGUUAAGAGUAGAAAAUAUGUGGAGAAUUGGAGUCAGUCGCAGUAUAAAACUGCAUAUUUCAUUACAUCACCCUCUGCCUUUAUUGAAGAGUGUUUUAUAUUGUAGGCGUACACUCUGGCUGUACAGCACCAGAGUUCAGUGCCUCGAGCAUGAUAAAUGAUACUUAAAUAUGCUGAUUUAAAACCCAAGAGACUACAUUCCUGAAACAAAACUGAAGUUUGUAGCAUUUCAUGAAGGCUUGGUUGUUGAAGUGGGUCUUAAUCCAUUGUAUAGUCAUCAUGGCUUUUCAGUGGAACACUUAUGCAUCAUUGCCUAAUCACUGUUUUUGGGCUAAACAGCUACAGUCUGUUAUGGAGGACCUCACGUUAUGUGUAGCCAUUGUUAUUUUGGCUUUUGUUUUCAUUGGUCCCUUUAUUAUGAAAACUGAAAAUCAGUAAGAAACAUUAUGGAGCUGUUAAUUGCAAACACAUGGGAGAACUGUACUACGCCAAGAUAUAUGGAUGUCCUAAACAAAGAUGUAUUAACUAGAAUUCUUGGAGGACAGUGUUGAACUUGAUGGAGACACCCAAGCAUUGUCAUGAAAAUGAAAGUGUACUGAAACACUUCCUAAAGAACCCUUCUUGGCAGUGCACAUCACUAACAGGAUGUGUAAUUCAUUUUGUGUUAAUGUGGGAUAGUGGGGUAUAUAAGCACCAUUAUGUGAAAUUGGAGUAAACUGUUCAUUCACAAUUUGGAGUUUUUAUUAAGAAAAUAACAAAUAAGGGAAAAAAUUAGAGGAAAAGGAAGAUGGGGAGAGCAAUAGAAAGAAAAAGUGGAAUUAAAAAAUGGACAUAUUUUCAUUUAAGUAUAUACUACCUUUUUUUAACGUUACAAAGGACCAGGCAACAUAGGUAAGGGAAAUUGACUUAUUUGCACUCGGAAGGUCAGUAAUUAAUAGGGACAACAGUCUUCACAGAUGCCUCAGAAAAAAAGGCCCUACAUAAAAUUGUAAAUUUGCAUACACCUAAGUGCAAAACAAGAAAAUUCCCAUUUGCAAAUAUUGUAUUAACAUUAAAUGGGGGAAGGAGUGGGGAGAGGAGGUAUCUCUUGCAUUUAUCAACAGCUGCAAAAAAAAAAGAGAGACAUGUUGACUGACUAGAAUGCUAAAAGGUAUUUUUUUUCCUUCACAUAAUUAGCAGAUAGUUUGCUAACUCUUAUAAAACUGUCACAAUACACUGUAGCAUUGUCUGCUAUUCUGUUUUAGAGUCUUUUCUGCCUUCCAUUUACUAUUUUGUUGUAGUCUCCCAUGCUUUGGAAUCAGUGUGUGAUUUCACAUUUAUUAUAAACUGCUAGUGUCUCCCCUCCACUGUUCAGAAACAUCAGUGUGUUUUCAUGACAUGAAAAAUAAUAUUUGUGUAUUUGACAUGAAUGGAGACUGUGCAUCAUUUGUCACCAUAUGGUAACUACUAUGUAGUAGAUCUUAUUUUAAAUUUUGUUAGUUUAAGAUUUCAUGAAUGUUUACUGAAAUUGUAACAACUGUUAGUAUUUAAUCAGGCAGACUUUCUCAUUCCAUUUAGGUAUAUCAAACAAUAGUCUAAUUACUGUAGUCUUGGACAAAGGUUGUUUGAAAUUACAACCUUUUUUAUGGUGUGUUCUGUUUCCUGUAGUGUUUUCUGUGGCUCUUUGUACUUAGUUUAAAUCAAAAUACCACAUUUUGUAAUAGCCUUUAAAGCUUUGAUUUGUACUGUGUAAAAUGUUUUGACAUAGUUGCUCUUUAUCUGAGUACUACUUCAUGUAAUUGGUGCUAUUUGGCUGACAUCAAUGGACGUUGCUUAUUGAUUUAUUUGUUUAAUUAGCUCUUAGUGGCACAGAGAGCUCUCUCUCUCUCUCUCUCUCUCUCUCUCUCUCUCUCUCUCUCUCUCUCCACAGUGUCUCAAAAAAUUAUGUGGUGUAUUUGUUUAUGCUGUCUCAUUCUCUGCAAACAAGUUACUUUAGUGGAUUAUAUUAUUUUUUGUGUAUUAAGUUACUCUUAUUCUAGAGGGAAAAUUGCUAUGAAGCAAUUGUCCAAUUAAAGCAGUGUGCAUAUUUUCUGGUAGCCUAAACUUAAUACAGCCUGUAAACUAAAUAUAACCAACAUUUACUGAAUCAAGUAACUGAUGCCAGUAUGUUGUGGAGAGAGAUGUAUUAAAGAUUUUUUUUUAUGGAAAUGUGACUUGUAAAUAAUAAACUGAACUUAUUUUUUCCAAACAUA